UCUGCAGCCGGAACAGAAAGUUCCUGAAAAACGCCCGCGAACCGCCUCGGCGGGGUUAGGGUGGAGGGGUGGGGAGGAAAAGGGAUGAGCACGUGACUCCAAAGUACCCUCCCCCAUCUUUCUGCGGAGCUGGUCCGGUCUGUCCCCUAUUGGGACCGCCCCUCAGUUCAGCGUCAGCCAAUGAGAGCCGUAGAUUGGAAUGCAGGCGAUUUCCUUGGGAGCGCUGGAGGGAGGCGGGGAAGGUUACCUAGCAACCGUAGAUGCUGCGACGCCCCGCCAAGCGGUAGACAAGUGCAUUCCCAGAGCCCGAGGAACAGGAGCUGACGGAUGCCGGACAGAGGCAAUUCCUAGCGGAUCCCCUAACCACCAGGGAUCCUUGGCCUCAACCCAAUUAUGACGUCUCCCCUGAGUUGGGCGGCCUCCGCCAACGCCAUGCCUUUUCAGGUCCAGAUUUCAGCUCCUUCCAAAGUCAAGGGCGGUCAGGCUCAGAUCAAGCCCUACCACCCUCGAGGCAAGGGGUCAGUGCAGGCCUGGCACUCACUCCAUUCCAAGGCGGCACCUUUCCACGCCAGCGAGGGGAAGUCCGCUGUGCACACGCAGGUGGCUGAGUUACAAAGGAAGCUACAACUGUUAGAGGGUGACCGGAAAGCCUUUUAUGAGACCAGCCAGUGGAACAUCAAAAAGAAUCAGGAGACCAUCAACCAACUCCAUGAGGAGACCAGGGCGCUGCAAUUACAGUUGACAGACCUGCUCCAGGGAGAUGAGAAAGUGAUCCAGGCAGUGAUUCGGGAAUGGAAAUCAGAGAAGCCAUACCUGAAGAACAGGACAGGCCAGCAGGCCCUGGAGCACCUGGACCACCGGCUGAGUGAGAAGGUGAAGCAGCUGAAUGCUCUUCGGUACCAGCUGGGGCUGCGACAGAAGUGGCUGGAGGAGCUCCAGCUGCAGCACAGUCUGCGUGAGCUGGAGAUGGCAGAGGCGAAAGAUAGCAACACAGAGGUGGCCAAGACUAUGCGGAACCUGGAGAACCGCCUGGAGAAGGCCCAGAUGAAGGUGGAGGAGGCCGAACACAUCACCAAUGUGUACCUGCAGCUCAAGGCCUAUCUACAGGAGGAGAGCCUUCGCUUGGAGAACCGGCUGGACUUCAUGGAGGCUGAGGUGCUGAGAACAAAACAGGAGCUGGAGGAACUGAACCUAGUGAAUCAGGAGGCGCUUAAUGCGAGGGACAUCGCCAAGAACCAGCUGCAGCAUCUGGAAGAGACAGUGUUCCGAGAGCGCAAAAAGCGUGAACGCUACCUAACAGAGUGCAAGAAGCGCGCGGAGGAGAGGAAACUGCAGAACGAACGCAUGGAGCGCAAGCAGACCCAGCGCGAGCAGGUGCUGCUGCAGUCCAACGACAGGCUCCAGGACAGCAUGCACUCCAAAGAGGAGGAGCUGCGGCGGCGCUGGAACAUUUACCAGAUGGAGGUGCUCUUCGGCAAGGUCAAGGACGCCACCGGCGUGGCAGAAACGCACGCGGUGGUGCAGCGGUUCCUGGCACAGGGAGACACCUUCACGCAGUUGGAGACGCUCAAAAGCCAGAACGAGCAGACGCUGAUGAGGCUGAAUCAAGAGAAGCAGCGGCUGCAGCGGGAGCUCGAAGACCUCAAGUACUCAGGGGAGACCACGCUGGUGAGCGAGCAGAAGCUGCAAGUCGAGUUGCAGGGGCGCAUCAAGGCGGAGGAGCAGCGGCGCGCUGACACACAGGAUCAGCUGCAGCUCGCCAUGUGGGCAAUGCAAAUGACCAAAGAGGGCCUGGAACACCUGGCUGGCAAACUGAACCACAUCCUAGUGGCAGGCCCCGCCCACGAGGAAUCCCCGCAAGACGUGAGAGGCGGUGCCGGCGCACAGGAGGCCGGCCACUUCGCCAGAAAGGAGCUGGAUCCCAAGGCAGGUGACUAUCUGCCCAACCUACUGGGCCUCGUGGAGGAAAAACUGUUGAAGCUACAGGCGCAACUCCAGAACCAAAACGUGCCAGAGUUGCUGCGCCACAUCGCCGACCGCGAGUUCUACUCCACCCUAGAGGGAAAGCUGCCGAUGUACAACACCCGCAUCGCCCUGCCUGUUGCCGGUCUCAAGGACAGGUUCUUCGACGAAGAGGAGAGUGAGGACGAAGACAACAACGUGGUGACCCGCGCGGAGCUCAAGAUGCGUUCCCAGAAAUUAAUCGAAUCCCGCAGCAAGAGGCGCGGUCGUUCGCGGAGGUCCUAGACUCGCCCUCGCGCCCAUCUGGCGUUUGCGGGCCCCUGCGGAGCCCCCAAACCCCUCUGGGCCCAGCGGCGGGCCCACGGGGCCUCUUCAAGGGCUGAACGCGGCCCGGACGAGGGAGCGGAGCGGGCGGGCGAUGCCCGAAGUAGAGAAGGGGGCUGGGCUGCCGGACGUUCCCACAGUAAAUCUCCCCAGGCUGGUCCGCGCCGGCCUCGGAAUCGCGCAUUAAAGGUCAACCACCA